UCCACAGCCUCUAUCUGCAGGAAGGGCACUAAAACGGUAACAUUUUUAGAACUUUAAAGAAAAAAUUACGGUCCCUUUGUAAUCGGAGCUGGAUUAUAAGGGGCCUCCGUAGGGUGCAGGCUGUGUAAUUGUGAUCAGGCGCGCCUGGGGCAGCCCUGCAGUGGCUAUGAGCUGGUUAAUGUUUACUCUGACCUCUGGCCGCCGAUGGCCGAGCGCUUUCACUAAACUAACCCGCUCUUAUCAGUCUGCUGACGGCGGCGCGGGGAAAAUGGCCGCAGACUGGCUGUCCUCCUCCGAGCGAGAGCAGCUUCUCCUGGAGCUCAGGGCCACUGGAUGGGUGGAGGUCGAGGACCGAGACGCUCUCUACAAGGAGCUGCACUUCAAAACCUUCAACCAGGCGUUCGGCUUCAUGUGUCGAGUGGCUCUACAAGCAGAGAAGAUGAACCAUCAUCCGGAGUGGUUCAAUGUUUAUAACAAGGUCCAGAUUACUUUAUCGACACAUGACUGUGGAGGACUGUCGAAGAAGGACGUUCGAUUGGCCAAAUUCAUUGAUAAGGUGGCUCUGUCCCUGUAGAGGCUGAGAAUGUGUAUUCAUCAAUACGUCAAAUAUUUUGUGUUGCAUUCCCAAAAAAGGGAAAUAUAUAAUUUGUUAAUUCACACACCCGUGUCUGUUUUAAAUAAUCUUUCUUAUUAGAAUCUGUAUGAUUUUGUUAAGUGCAUAUCAAUCAGAUGUUGGCUAGUAGAUCCAUGUCAUGUUCAUUAAAUAUCUGAUUCAAUUUGAAA